CGCAUAGCGCUGCAGCGUGCACUGAGCGCGGCCACCAAGCGCGGCCACCGAGCGCGGAGCAGAGCGCGGCAGUGCGCCGGAGUCCACACCGGCGGCAAGACGGACAGCGCGCGGCAGCCGGGGCCCGCGCCGCGCGCCUCGGGGCGGACGCCCGUCCCCCCGCCGAGGCGACGCUGGGUCCCGCCCUCCUGUCUGCGCCACCACGAGGUGCCCGACGGAGAUGCCAAGCACGACAUCAUAUUCCGGAAAGUGAGGGGCAUCUUGAAUAAGCUCACGCCGGAGAAGUUCCAGAAACUGAGCGAUGAUCUGCUCGGUUUGGAGCUCGACUCCGACAAGGUGCUUAAGGGUGUGAUCCUUCUCAUUUUCGAGAAGGCACUCGACGAGCCCAAAUAUUCGUCGAUGUAUGCACAGCUGUGCAAAAGAUUAAGCGAAGAGGCACCGAACUUCGAACCUCCCGGUCAGCCCUGCACAUUCAAACUGUUGCUUCUGAACAAAUGCCGGACCGAAUUCGAGAACCGCGCUCAGGCGUUCGCCGCUUUCGAAGACAAAGCGUUGUUGCCGGAAGAGGAGGAAAAGCGACAUCUCGCAAAAUGCAAGAUGUUAGGCAACAUCAAAUUUAUCGGGGAGCUCGGCAAGCUGGAAAUCCUAGCCGAGUCCAUCCUGCAUAGAUGCAUCCAGAACCUGCUGGCGCGGCGCGCGGCCGCGGAGCACCACGAGGACCUGGAGUGCCUGGCGCAGCUCGUGCGCACCUGCGGCCGCGUGCUGGACUCGGAGCGCGGCCGCGGGCUCAUGGACCAGUACUUCGCGCGCAUCGAGACGCUCUCCGCCUCGCGCGACCUGGCGCCGCGCAUCCGCUUCAUGCUGCGCGACACGGUGGAGCUCCGUCGCGGCGGCUGGGUGCCGCGCGCCGCCGUGUCGGCCGAGGGCCCCGUGCCCAUCCACCAGCUCCGCGCCGACGACGACCACGUGCCGCGCCGCGAGCGCGAGCGCGAGCGCGACCGCGACCGCGAGCGCGACUCCCUGUUCCGCGGCGGCCUGCGCGCGCGCCCGCUGGACGACGUGCUGGCCGGCCUCAGCCUGCAGCCGGCCGCGGCGCUGGUGCCGGCGCCCGACAAGCUCUUCGGCAACGGCUUCGGCGCCUCGCGCGACGGCUUCCGCCAGCGCUCGGCGCCCGGCUACUACCCGCGCCAGGGCAACAACCUGCACUACAACAAACACUCGCAGACCAACCAGCAGGGCAACGGUUCCAAGGACGGGUCGUCGCGCUCCAACAAGGCGCGCGUGUACACGGCGGGCGCGCUGGCGGACGUCCAGAUGCGGCCGGCCGCCAACUCGCUGAUGUUCACGGCCAACAAGCUGUCCAAGCCGCAGCCGCAGCUGCCGCUGGCGCCCGUGCAGCAGAACGUACUGACUCCUGCAUUCGCGAGCACGCCGCAGCUACUGAAGGAACCCACGAUCACCAUCAAGCCGGCCGCUGACAAGAAAGACAAGCCGAAAAAGGAUAAGGGCCCCAACAAAGAGGAAGCGUGCCGGCUGGCCCUGCAGGCCGUGGACGAGGCGCUCACCGCCGACGACGACGCAGAGCUCGACGCGCUGCGCUCUCUGCGCGCGCUGCAGCCCGCCGACAAACUGGUGCGGCGCUGUCUGGCCGCCGUGCUGGAGCACGCGCUGCACGCGCCGCGCGGGGACGACGCCGCCCUGCGCGCCGCCGUGCGCGUGGCCCGCGCCCUGCGCCGCGCCGCGCCCGACGCCUGGCGCGCGCUCGUGCAGGCCGCGCACCCGCACCCGGCGCUGGUGCCGCAGCUGCGCGUGCAGGCGCAGCUCGCGCGCCAGCUGGCCGCCGAGCCCGCGCCGCACGCGCUGUACCGCUGGAUCAAGGCCAACGUGGAGCCCAGCGUGCGCGCCAACGCGGCGUUUGUGUCGUCGCUGGUGGCGCUGGUGGCGGAGCACGUGUCGCGCGCGGCGGGGGCUGCGACGCCGGCGCCGGACAAGGCGGCGCUGGAGCGCGAGAAGGCGCUGCUGGAGGCGUACGCGCCGCUGCUGACCGCGUUGCUGGAGGGCCAGCCCCAGCUGCAGCUGGCCGCCGUGUACGCCGUGCAGGUGCACGCGCACCACCAUCGCUACCCUAAAGGCAUGUUACUGCGCUGGUUCAUGUACCUGUACAAUCUGGAGGUGUGCGAGGAGGACGCCUUCCUGCGCUGGCGCGAGGACGUCACGGAUGCCUACCCCGGGAAGGGAGAGGCUUUGUUCCAGGUCAACACGUGGCUGACAUGGCUGCAGCAGCAAGAGUCGGAGGACGAGGAGGCGGAGGACUAGUCCCCGCCCACACUCACCGCGCGCUCCUCGCUCCAUGAGCCGCACCGCUUUCGUUUUGCGCUCCUCUCAUUAUAUAAAUAUAAUUAAGCCAAAUAGUUGAAAUACCUACGUUUGUUACCCUUUAACGCUAGACGCGCCGCGCGCCACUGCCGUCGUCGGCGAUUCCAGUGUUAAAUAGGACAAUUUUUAGGUUAUUACGUAAACGAAUAUUAGUAUCUCGAGAUAAUUUUUUGUAGGCCUUUUACUCGAUUUUGAUACUUUUUACAAAUGUAUACAAUGUAUAGUGUUCGUUUGGACGUAUGAUUGCACCCCGAUCUGCCUCUCCCUGCAGUGAGCGUGUUUUAGUUGAAAUUGUAUAAAAUAUAUAUAUAAAAGUGGAACUUAAAUCAAUUUUUAUUAUUAAUAUCAUGAUGAUCAUUUAUUUUCAAUGCUAAAUGGACUUAGUGGUAUCUGUAAGAAUGCUUAAAUUUCAUUGUAUUAUCAAAUUUUAGAAUUUUGUAACUAGUUAAAUAAAAACAAAAAAAAAAAUACUGCCGUAAGGCAUAAGAAAUGUAUGUUGAGUGAGUUGUAAUAAAGUUGUGAACUGAUGAUGCUGAUGCAACAUUAGAUGAGUAACAUGGUCAAUAUGUAUUCAGGAUGAAAAAUAAACUUCAGUGUAAUUUAUUACAAAAACA